GAAGCCCCGCGUUACUCCGCCCGGUUCAAGAUGAGAACGGAGCCGAGUCCCGAGUAGCUGGAAAGGCUUCCCUCUUUUGUCUAGACUGAGAUUUAUGGACUUGUACAUGAUGAAUUGUGAACUUUUGGCCACAUGUAGCGCUCUUGGAUUCUUGGAGGGGAACACAUACCACAAAGAGCCGGAUUGCUUAGAGAGUGUGAAAGACUUGAUCCGCUACCUGCGACAUGAAGAUGAGACUCGGGAUAUCCGGCAGCAGCUGGGGGCAGCUCAGAUUCUACAAAAUGACCUGGUGCCAAUCAUUGUCCAAUAUCCUGAAGAUAAACAACUCUUUGAUGCUGUUAUCAGGCUGAUGGUGAAUCUAACCCAGCCUGCUCUGCUUUGCUUUGGCAAACUGCCCCAGGAUGCCAGCUUCCGCCAUCACUUCCUGCAAAUCGUCUCUUAUCUGCAGGCCUACAAAGAAGCAUUUGCUAGUGAGAAGGUUUUCGGGGUGCUGAGUGAAAAGCUGUAUGACCUGCUGCAGCUGGACUGGGAACAGCGUCAAGAGGAGGACAACCUGUUAAUUGAACGUAUCUUGCUUUUGUUGCGCAAUGUGUUGCAUGUCCCUGCUGACCCUGAUGAAGAGAAGAUCAUUGAUGAUGAUGCCGGCGUCCACGACCGUGUGCUGUGGGCCAUGCACCUAAGUGGCAUGGAUGACCUGCUCAAAUUCCUGGCCUGCUCCCAGAGCGAGCAGCAGUGGAGCCUGCAUGUGCUGGAGAUCAUCUCCCUGAUGUUCCGAGACCAGAACCCUGAGCAGCUGGCAGCUACAGGGCAGACCCGUUCAGCUAGGGAACGGGGGACAGACAUGGCAGAGCUGGAGGUCCUGAGGCAGAAGGAGCUGGCCGAGAAGAAGAGCCGCAUACUCCAACGGAGCAGCAGGCACUCCCGCUUUGGUGGCUGCUACAUCAUCCAGGGCUUGAAGUCUAUUGGAGACAGAGAUGUUGUCUUGCACAAGGGACUACACAACGUGAAGAACUAUACCCAUGAUCUGGGGAAGGAGGUGCGGCGAGUGCCAAAGAGACAGCAGCGGGCCCAUGAUACUGAGGGCGCCCCUCGUCGCUCUGCCCUCAAUGUGCGCGUCUUCCUCAAGGAGUUCUGCAUUGACUUCUUGGAGAAUUGCUACAACCGCCUCAUGUAUCUGGUCAAGGACUACCUGGUCAGGGAGAAGGCCCAGCAGCACGAUGAGACUUACUACCUGUGGGCCAUGGCCUUUUUCAUGGCCUUCAACCGGGCCUCCUCCUCCCAUCCUCAGCUGGUUUCCGAGACUGUUGGCGUCCGGACUUUUCACUUCAUUGAGCAGAAUCUGACCAACUACUACGAAAUGAUGCUUAUAAAUAAGAAGGAGGCCACAUCUUGGUCUCGAAGGAUGCAUCUGGCUCUGAAGGCCUACCAGGAGCUGCUGAUGACUGUGCACGAAAUGGACCAUUCACAAGAAGAAGCUGUGCGCAACAGCAGCCAUAUCAUAAAGAAUAACAUUUUCUACCUGAUGGAGUAUCGCGAGCUUUUCCUCACCCUCUUCCGUAAGCUUGAUGAGAAAAAGCAGCCCAGGUCAUUCAUCAAAGACCUGGUGGAGACCACUCACCUUUUCUUGAAGAUGCUGGAGAGAUUUUGCAAAGGGAGGAACAACGUAAUAGUCCAGAGCAAGAAGAUCAAGAGGAAAAAAAAGCCCCAGGCUCAUUCUGCCACUUGCAGUAUGCAUCCCCAGACUCCCGAGCAACUGGAGGAAAUGUGGCCAAAGCUGGCUGAGCAUCUCAGUAAAUGCACACAGGGUUCUGAGCCUCUUCCAGAGGAUAUGGCCCCCUUCGAUGCAGCCUCAGAAGUUCCCCUGGAGGAGCAGCGAGCUGAUGCCAUGGUACGGAUCCAGGACAGCCUACUGGCUGGCCGGGCACCUGAAGCACUGUCCCUGUUGCAUUCAGCCAGGGAGGUGUGGCCUGAAGGGGAUGUUUUCGGAUCUCCCAGCCUUGCGCCAGAUGAAGAGGUGGAGCUGCUGAAGCAAAUCUUUUUUGCCAACCUCCCUCGGCAAGCAGCACCAGAGCCAGAAGAACUUGACGAGGCAGCCGAGGAAGAGGAGAUUGCUGAGGAGGAGCUGGCAGCUGUACGCGUAUCAGAGAAGGAGUUCAGCUUCCUCGACUAUAUGAAGCGGUUUGCUAGCCCUAAUGUGGUCAGGGCUUACAUCCUUCUCUUCAAGAACUACCAACAAAACAGCGCCCACACCAACCACUGCAUAGUGAAGAUGCUGCACCGCAUUGCCUGUGACCUCAAGAUGGAGGCCUUGCUGUUCCAGCUUUCCAUCUUCUGCCUUUUCAACCGGCUUCUCAGUGAUCCCACCGCUGGGGCUUACAAGGAACUGGUGACCUUUGCCAAAUACAUUGUGGGCAAAUUCUUUGCACUGGCAUCCACAAACAAGAAGGCUUACAUGGAAUUAUUGUUCUGGAAAAGUACGGCUGUGGUACGGGGGAUGACUGAGAGCUACAGUGUGUUGCAGGAAGGAGAAGGCUCAGACUCUCGCAAGGCUUGCCAAUGGACUGAGGCGGAGGAGGAGGAGCUGCGGGAACUCUACUAUAAAUACAAGGACGUGGAAGAUCAAGAUGUCCUGAGCAGCGUCCUGGCACACCUGAGCACCGACACCCGGACUCGUAAACAAGUGGCCAAGCGGCUGGUGCGCUUGGGGCUGGCGCGCAGCGUGCAAGACUUCCCUCGGGAGCGAAGGGGGGUCCGGAUCGUCCUGUGGACGGAGGAUCAAGAGGCAGAGCUUCAGCGGCUUUUUGAGGAAUUUCGGGGCACAGAUGAUAUCCUAGGCAAUGUGAUGAGGCACAUCACAGAGAAGCGCUCCAAAGCGCGCAUUAUUGAGAAGCUUCUCAGCAUGGGGCUGGUGUCUGACCGUAAGGAGCUCUACAAGAAGCGCAAGCGCAAGCCUGGCUCCUGUGGUGCGAAAAAAGGCGGGUUCCCCAAGGACUUUGGGGUGCCUGAUCUGAAUGACAUUAAUGAUGAAGAAGAGGAAGAAGAAGAGGAGGAGGAUUUGGACAGCGAGGAAGAGGAGGAGCCGGCCUGGGAGGAUGGUGACAGAGCCCUGCAGAAUGGCCCUCCAGAUGGGCGGACAAACAAAAAGGGGACCGUUGCCUCUGACAGGAGAUUCCAGGAGGUCGUACGAAGUCUGCAGCAAGAAGGCCUGUCUGGUCCUCUGCUGUGGCUCCAGAGCUGCCUAAACCGAACAGCUAAUGACAGAGAAGAGGAAGGAUGCGCCCAGCCUGUACCAUUGGUGCCACUGUCUGAAGAGAACGAGGAUGCUAUGGAACACAAGGGCUUCCAGAAGCUGCUAAGGAACGUGGGGAUACGGGCCCCAGCCAAUGAGCAGGAAUCUUUCUGGCGCAUCCCAGCCAAACUCGGCCCGGAACAGCUGCGGCGACUGGCUGUUUCCAUUGCCCUGCAAGAAAGGGCAGAUGAGACCACAGAGCAUCCAGCGGAAGAAGAAGUUCUUGACACACAGGAGCUAAGGAGCCCCAUUCCAGAAAAGGAGGAGCCCACACUGGGACCCAAGAGGGCCCGUCUGAUCAGCAACGAUGAGGAUGAGAGCGACAGCCGAGAUUCCAGUGAGGAGGAUGGCCCACGUCCUGCUGGCAAGAGGAAGUGCCUACGAAUUGAGGAAGACGAGGAAGACUGAUGGGGCAGGGCUUUUCCUGGUGCCAGAAAGUCAGUUGCUCCGAUACAACUCCAGCUGCAGCCGUCGCCUCAGGCGGUGAAGCCUUAACUGGACCAGACCAUCAGCAGUUGUCGGAUUCCCUACAUUUUCCGCCCACAAAACUCCUUUGGGAGGGGGGCAAGAUUUUGAGAGGGGAUGCAGAGCAAUUGGACUCUGGAUGAGGAGGACGGAUGGACCUAGUAGCUUGAAAAUGGAUGGCAGAAGAACGCGUGAAAAUACGAAUUGGGCUUAUUCUCAUGCUGUGCUGGUGAAUCUAGCGCUGUCUCUCGAUUUGAACUGUUCUAUGUUUGUAGAUUGACCAUUUGUAACCUACCCCUGUACUGGCAACACUGAGUGUCUGUGCAAAGUGAUCCUUGCAGAUGGGGUUCCUAGGCCAAAAUUGAGGGAUGUCGGCUCUUUUCAUCUUAAGACGGCUUCACUUGUAGAUCUGCCUGGCUAAGACUUCUUGGCAUUGUCCCUUUGCUUGCCUUACGAUAUUUGCAGACACCUUUCUGUCUCUGCCACUUACAUUUUAUCCUGUCCCCCACUUCUCCUUCCCUGAAUGUGGAUGCCGGAGCAGGAACCGCACAGUCCCAUUGAGUGUCCCGAGUUAGAGCUAAAUGGCAAGGGGCAACCAAAGAGCUGCAGCUCAGUGGGGAAGAAGCAUUGCCCACACUUCCCUUUGCACCGAGAUAACCAUCCCCUGGCAAGAUACUUCCAUUGCCAGCUGCUGCCAGCUGUUUCUUUGCUGUCCCUUUUCAGCUAUUGACUUCAUUGUCUGGACUGCUCUUGGAUGGGGGCAAUGCUGGAGAAGAACAGAGAGCCUCCCACUGGCUUCCCACUUUUGCCUGUUCAGGGACCCCCUCCCCUUCUUCGUGUUAGUCAGGCAGUAUUCCUGCUAGUUUGUUUUGUUUUUUAUGUUUUUUAAUAUUUACAUGUUUGAAACUUUGGAACAACUCUGAAGAAAUAAAAUGUU